CUUGAAUCCAUGCCAUUAUUCUCAGAAGCUUUGAAGAAGUUCAAGCGGUUGAGGCUCUUUGAGCCGUCUUUGGUGGUACUGGGGUUCUUCUUUGUCACUGUUUGUGUGAUUUUCUGCUUCUUUUACUUGGAUUCAAGAGCUUUCUCAAAAGGGUUCAGAAUUUCUGGCCAAUCGGAGAGGUUUGUUUGGUUGCAGACAAAAGGGUCUUCUAAUGGUGGUGAAAUUCCCAAAGUUGAGUUUCUUGGAGAAAAGGUUCAUCUUUGUGAUGUGUUUGAUGGUGAUUGGGUUUGGGAUGAGUCGUAUCCUCUUUACCAGUCCAAAGAUUGUCGUUUUAUGGAUGAUGGGUUCCGGUGCUCUGAAAAUGGUCGUCCUGAUUUGUUCUACACCAAGUGGAGAUGGCAGCCUAGGAAUUGUAACUUGCCCAGAUUUGAUGCCAAGUUGAUGUUGGAGAAGUUGCGGGGGAAACGACUAGUUUUCGUUGGCGAUUCGAUUGGAAGAAACCAAUGGGAGUCGCUCUUGUGCCUGCUUUCUUCCGCAGAACCCGACAAGGACUCGAUUUAUGAAGUCAAUGGCAGUCCUAUUACAAAACACAAGGGAUUCUUGAUCUUCAAGUUCAAGAAUUUUAACUGCACUAUAGAAUACUAUAGGGCCCCCUUCCUUGUGCUGCAGAGCCGCGCCCCUGCUAGAUCCCCGGAAAACAUCAAGACAACUCUAAAGUUGGAUCAAAUGGAUUGGUCUUCUUCUCAAUGGAGAAAUGCUGAUGUGUUGGUGUUUAACACCGGGCGCUGGUGGAAUUACGGGAAGACCAUUAGAGGGGGCUGUUACUUCCAAGAAGGGGCAAAAGUAAAGAUGGAAAUGAAGGUUCAAGAUGCAUACCAAAAGUCCAUUGAGACUGUGGUUCGCUGGAUAGAGAAUCAUAUCAACUCAAACAAGACGCAGGUUUUCUUUCGUACAUACGCCCCGGUCCAUUUCAGGUUUCUUUUCCUCACUUGA